UUACAGCAGCAAACGAUGUUUUGUCUUGAAUAUGGCGGCAGGACCAAUCGCGGAACGAAACCAAGAUGCCACAGUCUAUGUUGGCAGUCUUGAUGAAAAAGUUACAGAAGCAAUUUUGUGGGAAUUAUUCCUACAAGCAGGACCUGUCGUUAAUGUACAUAUGCCUAAAGACCGAGUCACUCAGAGCCACCAAGGAUAUGGGUUCGUUGAGUUCAUGGGAGAAGAAGACGCAGACUACGCCAUAAAGAUAAUGAACAUGAUCAAACUGUAUGGCAAACCGAUACGAGUAAACAAGGCAUCAGCCCAUCAGAAAAACCUCGAUGUUGGGGCCAACAUCUUCAUUGGUAACCUGGAUCCAGAAGUUGAUGAAAAGUUAUUAUACGACACAUUCAGCGCUUUUGGUGUCAUCUUACAAAUACCAAAGAUCAUGCGAGAUUUGGACACGGGCAACUCCAAAGGUUAUGCUUUCAUAAACUUUGCCAGUUUUGAAGCAUCUGAUGCUGCUAUCGAGGCUAUGAAUGGACAGUAUUUAUGUAACAGACCAAUUACCAUUUCAUAUGCUUUCAAAAAAGACAUCAAAGGAGAAAAACACGGUUCUGCUGCAGAACGUCUCUUGGCUGCCCAGAAUCCACUCUCUCUCACCGACAGACCUCAUCAGUUGUUUGCAGAUGCUCCUCCACCUCCCCAACAACCUCCCGCUCCAGUCCCUCCAUCAUCGUUUGCUCCUCCACCACCUCCUCCACCUGUCUGCCAAACCCCUAUGAUGUCCCUGGCAAACAACAUCAGCAUUGGAAUACCCAAUGGAACCAUUGUCUCAACGGCAACCGGCCCUCCUCCACCUGUGCCACCACCUUCAUCAUUACCUGUGCCGCCACCUGUUGCAGGAAGCAUGCCACCACCUCCUAUGCCUCCCGGAAUGCCUUCAUUUCCACCACCAAGUGGAGCACCUCCUCCAGGUCAACCACCAUCAUACCCUCCACCACCACCUCUCACGAGACCGCCUCCACCUCCAUCUGACCAACAAAACUCACAGCAAGUUCCCCCAAUGCCUCCACCUCCAAGACCUCCUAUUUCAGGUAAUGCAGGGCCACCAGCACCCCCUUCGAACAUUGCGCCUCCGCCUCCAGGUCCAAUGCCACCUGGCAUGCCUCCACCACCACCACCCGGUAUGCGACCACCCCCUCCUCCACCUGGAUGGAGAGGACCGACACCACCACGUGGACCACCUCCCUUCGGUCGUCCACCGCCGCCUCCACCACCCCAGCAACGUGGCCCUUCGAUGCCCCCUCCGAGGGGUCAACCUGGAAUGGGUCCGCGCUGUCCACCACCCCCACCGCGUGGUGUCAGACCUCCUCCACCAGGAAACGUGCGACCCGGAAAUCAGAGAUACUAAGAGGGGUUCCAAGGGACCAGGACGUCGGAAUUCACAAAUGUCCAUAUUGGACGUCUGUGUUUUUUGCCUAAAAUAUUGUUUCUUUCCAUAAUAUCGGGUGAGGGGUUAGCAAUGGAGUACACAGAAAGGGGGUUGAACAAAAGAGAGAAAGAAAGGAAAGGGUUGAAAAGAAGCGGCCCUUUUUUAUUUUUUAUUUUAUUUUUUUUUUAAUCUUUAAUCUUUAACAACAGGGGGAAUCUAAAACAUCUCGCAUCUUGUACAUUCAUUUAAAAG